AUGCCUGACGGAAAUGUCUUCACUUGGAACACCAUAAUCUCCGCCCAUAUUAAGUCCAACAACCUUGAUCACUCCGAACUUCUAUUCAACACAGCCCCAUAUAAAGAUUCAGUGACAUACAAUUCAAUGUUGUCAGGGUAUGCAAACAGUGCGGGAUAUGAAACAAAGGCGAUUAAUUUGUUUAAGCAGAUGCAUUCUGUGAGGCAUGAAGCGCGUGUUGAUGAGUUUUCGCUUACUAGAAUGUGUAACUUAACAGCAAAGUUGGGGAAUUCGUGGUACGCGAAGCAACUCCAUUUGUUUAUGGUGAAAACUGGGAAUGAUAUAAGUGGGUUCGCAGUAAGUGCGUUAGUCAAUAUGUAUUCGAAAAGCGGGUGCUUUGAUGAAGCUUAUAACGCGUUUAACAGCUGCAGUUACGGGUCUGUUGAUGUGGUUUCGAAAAACGCAGUCGUUGUUGCGUGUUGCAGAGAAGGAAAAGUAGAUAUGGCGAUGGAGAUUUUUUCAAAUCAGGCCGAGUUAAACGAUGUGGUUUCUUGGAAUACGAUGAUCGCGGGUUAUGCACAAAACGGGUAUGAUAAAAACGCUAUUGAAGUAGCUCGUUGUAUGGAGCGAAACGGGUUUAGAUGGAAUUCGCACACGUUCACUAGCGUGUUAAACGCGUGUUCGACUUUAAAAUGUUUGAAAUUGGGGAAAGAACUUCAUGCCAGAAUGUUGAAACAGAUGUAA